AUGGCAGCCUGCUACCGCCACAAGCAAGGCUUGCAGGUGACGUCUUUAGUCUUCAGGCGAAGUUUCUUCAGUUUCUGCUUUGGACGUUCGCAGGAGGAGAUAGAGCUGGAGAAGAUGAAGCUCGAAAACGAAAGGAUGAAGCUGGAAAAUGUCAACAGGCAAGUCCGCCUUCGUGAGCAGGAGACCAGCCUUCGUGAGCAGGAGACCCGUCUUCGUGAGCAGGAGAUUUGCGAAAACCAACGUGUGAGUGAGGAAGGGCGGCGACAGUCGGAGUCAGAUGCGGCUACACUCAAGAGGCCCAGGGUAGAAAUGGUGCAGCAAGCCCAGAGUCAGGUGGCGCAUGCACCCGCGAACGAGGAGGACGUCUUGAAGGAGCUUGAGACGAAUGGUUUCACAUUUUACAGCUGCCCCCAAUACUUCGUUGCUGAGGAAGGCCGUGUUGAGCAGGCAGCCAAUGAUGCGUUGCAACAGCUACCAUCCAAUACUCGCACUACGGUUGCUCGUCUGAUGGCAAACACAGAGGAGAGCGCCGGGGCCCAGAUGAUCUAUGAGUUCAAGGAUGGGCAGGGGGAGCUCACGAAGCUAGUCUACAAAGUGUCCAAGACAGGCUCCAAGAAAGCAGUUGCAGUCAUGCCAUUUGGGGCUUCCUUUCAGUGUGCCAAAGUUGUCAAGGGCCACACCACCACCAAAGAGACUGUUCCCGUUUUCGCAGAUCAGCCACGUGAGCAGUUGGCCGAAAAGGGUUUCUUCACGGACACCUACAAGACAGUCUAUGAGCGCAAGCAAGUGGGCGUAAAGACCGUUGAGAGGAUGGAGCCAAUCUUCGAUGAAAAGGUUCUCAGCGUUGACAAGCAGACCGAGAUGAUGAACGCCUUGGAAACGAGGGCUUCCCGUAAAGUCCUCAAAGAGAUUUGCUAA